AUGGGUGAUUCAGGAAGAGGGUACAAAGUUCCAAAUCAUAAGUUUUUUAAAUCCACUUUCGACUUCUUUCUCAUUUCAGAUAGUGAAGAUAGCGAUGGAGAAGGAGGUCUUGGCAAUGUAAGUAGAGUUAUAAUUCGUCCACCUGGCCAAAGUGGCAAAGCCAAACGUGGUCAUCUUUGCUUUGAUGCAGCCUUUGAAACGGGCAAUCUUGGAAGAGCAGAUUUAGUUGGUGAAUUCGAAUAUGACUUGUUUCUUCGACCUGACACAUGCAAUCCUCGUUUUCGAUUCUGGUUCAAUUUCACCGUGGACAAUGUGAAACAAGACCAACGAGUGAUUUUCAACAUCGUCAACAUGAGCAAAAUAAGGAAUCUUUUCAAUUCUGGUCUAACACCUUUGGUCAAGUCAUCAAGUCGACCCAAAUGGCAGAGAAUACCCAAGAAAUAUGUAUUCUACUACAGAUCAGUGUUACAUCAGAAUCAUUAUGUGCUAAGUUUUGCAUUCUCUUUUGACAAAGAAGACGAUGUAUUUCAAUUUGCACUUGCUCCUCCGUACAGCUAUUCACGAUUGCAAUCCUAUUUGAAUGUCAUAGAAGCCAGGUCAGUUGAGAAACGAUUCACUAAAACUACAAUGAUUAAAACAUUGCAAAAUAGAAGUUUAGAUCUUAUAACAGUGGAUCAUGUACCUCGACAACGUGGUGCUAGAAUAAAUAAAAAUUUUAUCCGAGUCAUUGUUAUCUUAGCUAGAUCACAUCCAGGUGAAGCACCAGCCUCUUACGUAUGCCAAGGAUUUAUUGAAUUUCUUAUUGGAAAUCAUCCAAUUGCUGUGAUUUUGAGAGAAAGUUUUGUCUUUAAAAUUAUUCCAAUGGUUAAUCCAGAUGGAGUGUUUUUGGGUAAUAAUCGAUGCAAUUUAAUUGGACAGGAUUUAAAUCGAACAUGGAAUAUUGCAACGGAAUUUUCUCAUCCAACAUUGUUUGCCAUUAAAAAUAUGCUUAAGGAGUUGGAUGGAUCUGAUUUUUAUCAAGUUGAUUUUGUGAUUGACCUACAUGCACACUCUAGUCUGAAUGGGUCGUUUAUUUAUGGAAACACUUAUGAAGACGUCUAUCGCUAUGAAAGGCAUCUGGUGUUUCCACGAUUAUUUGCAUCAAAUGCGUAUGAUUACGUGACAUCGAAUAUGAUGUUCAAUGCCGAUGAGAGGAAAGCGGGAUGUGCAAGGAGAUUUUGUUGUGAGAGAUUGAGUGAUACAGUCAAUGCUUAUACGUUGGAAGUCUCAAUGGGGGGAUAUAUUUUGAAAGAUGGAAAGACUAUUUCGUUGUAUACGGAGGAUGGAUAUUUUCGCGUAGGAAGGAAUUUAGCACGUAGUUUUCUACAAUAUUAUCGCUUCAUAAAUGUUCUGCCUGUGCCUCUAGUCCCUGAAGUUCAUACAAAACGACGAAAUCGCCCGCGAACACAUAAUUCUCGUAGUAGAUCAAAAUCUCGUUACGAUGUACAACCUCGUCCAAAGACAACUCGCUGUCAUGCUCCAAUUAGUUAUACAAAUCUAUCAAUUUGCUAUGAUAGUGCAUCAUCAGAAGAAGGAUCACCUUUGCGACAGCCUAGUAGUCAAUUUGGCUAUAGAAAUUAUCGUCGUUUAACCAACGCAGGAGGUGGUUCGACAACAGCAAAUGAUCAAUUUUCAUUGUUGACAAUCAAAUCGGCAAAGUUCGAUAAUUUAGAUUUUUCCAAUGAUCCAAGAGGAAAGGGAAAAAAUCCUCCAUCGGAUAAAUCAUCCAGAGUUUUAGCUAAUCAAGGUGAAACGUUAAAUGUACCUCCAAAGCCAUAUUUGUCUAUAAUUGAUUUGAAUCAAUUGGCACGGAGUACAAUGAAAGAUGGAUACCUUGGAAAUCGAUGAAUAACAAAAAUAAUAAUAAUAGCCAAUUUUUUU